AUGGUCCGCGACAUCGAGUGGAAGGCCGCAUGCGACAAUUGUUUCUGCGCGAUGGGCGCCAUACGGUGCGUUCCGCUUGCGUGCGCCCCGCCUCUUCAAGGCUGCAGCCCGAUCGUGCGAGAAGGACAAUGCUGCCCGUCCACCUACAACUGCAGCGGCAGCAUCGAAGUAAAGGCCACCCAAAACUACGCAUCCUACGCCUUCGUCAGCAAGGACUACGCAAAGUUCCGCAAGGAGACCAACUUUUUCGUACGUUUUCUCUUCUUCUUUUUACCCCUCUUGUCAUUAAUUGUUCAGCCCGCGAUUGAUCAAUCUACGAAUCCGCCCGUCGAAGGACGAGGUCAUAGAGUGGUCGAGGAACGGAUUAGCACCAGCGCGAUCGAUCUCGAGGAGGACUCGUCUGUCGCUACCUACUCGACCGCUUGGCCCUCGACCACGGAGACCGACAUCAUGGACAAUGAAAUCUUGAUAGGGACGGUGGACUAUAAAUCGACCUUGGAAGUGACGACUGCCGCAACUUCAACGAACGAGUUAUCGAGUAACACUGAAUCGCCAGCAGCAUUCGAAUCGACCCCGGCGUCCACCAAAGAUGCUGAUUCCAGCACCGGUUCCUGCAUCACGUGCUUAACAAACACAUUCACGGACUCCACGAUCGCGACGACGGAGGAUCCAUCUAGCAGGGAUGGCUCGACGGUCUCGUUGUCGGAGUGGACGACGAUGCUUCCCGAAUUAGCGCUCGAUAAUGGAAACGAUGAAAACGAGGCUGCCGGCGGGGAUGGGAACAAAAACGCGAGCGAAAACGAGGAGCGGAACGAAGACGCGGCUACGGAGAGCGGGACGACGAUGGCAGGGAAAGCGGAUAUAAUUGAGAAAAACAAAGCUACGAUGCAUCCUUUCGCAGCUUCCACGAAUGCCCAGGAAACGCUUAUCCCCGACGAGAAAUUGUCCGAGAACCCUACACUCAUUAAGAGAACGGAGACCAUCGGCAAGAGACCCGUCACCAGUCCGUCGUCGACGAUACUCAUGCCGGAUGACGUCCUCGUAAUGAACGUGACAGUGAAGACGAAUGUCUCGGUGGGCCACAUACAAGGUGUCACGAUAAAUCCAAUUAGGUCCAUUCCGCCCGACAUUGAGGCUAUCCUGAACAUCACUCAUCGAGAAAAAGGCGAGGAUUACGACUACGACUACAGCGAACGACUUCUGCCGCCGUCGCUGCCGAACGUUAGGAUAAUACCCUUUGUAGCGGCAGAUGCGUUGGUGAAAGGCAAGGAUGUACCCACGUCUGAGACUGGAUAUCCUCCUGGUUCAGUUGUAGUGCCCCCUGAGCUACGACCGACCGAUGCUUCCGGCUUUUAUGAUAUUGCAACCCAGGAGAACCGAUUUAGCCCACCCGUAGAGACCGAAGGUGGCUUUGUACCCAGAGAGCCAUCGUACUUCGACGUUCCUUACCGCUCCACCGACUUAAAUCUCGAGAUUGGCACUGGAGUUACUGUAGUUCCACAAAUUACGAAUCCACAUCAAAAGAACAACGAUUUAUCACACAAGUGCCGCUUUGAAGAUCUGGAAUACCGCCACGGCGAGAUCUUGCCACGCGCCGCUCUUUGCAUAAUCUGCAUGUGUUAUUAUGGGGAAAUCGUCUGCUCCUCGGAGAAGUGUCCGCCAUUGAAAAUUGGCUGUCGCAGAAUCGAUUCCGAGGAGAAGUGUUGCGGAAAAAUUGUUUGCGUCGACGCCGACGAAUCGCCGACGGUGGUGCUCGACCGCGCCGACGCCACGGCGCCUUCUCAACGACAGCCCACAGUGUCCCCGGAUCCGUUUCGCGACGUAAUCAAGACCGAGCCAGCCCCCGACUUACCAUCCCUGAUCGAAGACAUGAUCCCGUAUCUGGUUGAACGCGGCAUCACAACGCCCAGGUCGACGACGUCCAUGGCGGCCCCGAAGACCUCGGCUCAAGGCUCGGCGGGCAAUCAAUUGCAGCAUUCGCCGAACUUUGACUUCAUGGAGCAGGUACCGCUUAUACAGCCGCCCUUCGAUUACGGAGAGGAAACGAUCGAGCCCUCUUUCUUGACGAAAGUGAAGUACGGUACGAGCCACGAAGCACCCCCGACAGACACCGUCUCGUUAACGUACGAUUCCAAGAAUCAGGUCUUGGAUCGUAAGCCCUCCGAAAAUCCCGAAGCAAACGUCUUCGAUUACGACGGAGCGGCGUUGACCAAGUUAAAUCGCACAGCCGACAGUUCCAAGUACGAUUUCCAUCGGAGCAAUACUACGGAGCAGAAGUUCGCGAAGGGAAACGUAUCCGAGAGCAGCGAUCUCGAUAGAAACUUCGCCGGCGAAGAGGGCAAUCGUACAACGAAAUACGACAAUCGUACCGAAUCGGAUAAUUUCCCAAGUGAAGAUGGAAAGACCGCGGGGGACGCCGAGGAAGAUGUCGCCAUCUUUUCUCUGGACAGCGUCCUUAAGCUGCUAUUUUCCUCCAACACCAGUUCCAGCAACAAGCUGACCGAGACCACAAAGACGCCGAAUGUUUCCUCCGUCAGCGGUGCACGAGAGGAUCAGGAGACCCUCGUCGCUUUAUCGACGAGUACGGAAAGGUUAACCGAGGAGACGGAAACUGUCGAGACGUCCUCGAAGGUCCUCGACAACGAGAUACCAAUGUCCGUCGGCAGUUUGCUGAAGCUGGCCGGUUGCAAUAUAUACGGGCGAAUGUAUCGCGUCGGCAGAAUUAUCACGGAGCUCUCGAGUCCCUGUGAGGAAUGCAGGUGCACGGAAAUUGGUGUCCGGUGCGAACAGUUGGAAUGUUAAUCGAACAAUCGAUUUGACGUCGCCGUAAAAACAGUCCCGCGUACGCCCGAUAAAAUAGGACUGUCCCGCGUUCGAGAAAAAUUCCAAGUGCACGUUGCGCAAAAAAUAUUCUCGUGACCGGCUAAAACGGUGCUCACAAUUUCACGGCGAUACAAUCGCAGUUUUCAAGCGCCUUUCGUGUGAUUUGAGGCUCUACCGAGUUUACAAUAAUAGCGACAACUCCGCGACACUCCUGGGAUUUAAAUAAUACUUGAAAUCUUGGUACUAAGUGUGCAAGAAAUAAAAAAAAUGGAACAUCCACGUAAAAUUAGACUAAAAUAUGAGAACGAUAUUCCGAUUUGCAUAACUUUGUAAUGGGACUUUACGAGGAUUUUAAAGUUUUAAAAUUUUUAAGUCGAAGACUUUUCUUAUCGCCGUGCAUUUUGCCGAAUUAAACGGUAAUCGCCGGUCUUAUCGUAACGGAGGGGAAAUAUGCUCGCUUCAGCACUAAUUUUUUGUACUCGAUAAAACUCCGUCAAAUUUUCUGGGAAAUCGACUUGCAAAAAUGUCUCACCGUCACCUUCCGCGGCGUUAGAUGUUGGAUUUACUGUGGCAACACAAAAUUCGUCUAUUGAUAUAGUUAUACGCUACCCGAAACUAGGAAUCUCUGAAACUACCAAGACCGUUGUUGCAUCGUCAAGACACCUUGGCAGAGCGAUGAAUCUUCGGCCAGAACUUCGGACAACUUGGACCACGUAAUUAUCCAGGCAGAACCGAUAGACUCAGUCUCGAUGACCCUCGAUAACGAGACACCGACGUUCGUGGUCAGAUUACUCUAACUGGAUGUAAUAUCCACGCCGGGUUGUAUCGCGCUGGUCGCAUCAUUACGGAGUCUCCAAGUUUUCGUCUCAAAUGCAGCUGCAUCACAAGCGGAUUUAUAUAAAC